AUGUCCACCGCAGAAGGUCUGCUUCUCGUGCAUAUACUUGCCUUAUGGCAUAACAACAGGAAGAUAAAGCUAUUUUUAUUGGCGAGCUACUGGUUUAUCGUUGUCGCCAUGGUCAUUUGCGAUAUACUUCUGGCGCUUCUGCUCGAAAACAUAUGUGGGCCCACAUUGACUCCGAUGGGUUCAGAGUUUAUGAAAAUGGAAGACCUGAUAAUGGGCAAGUUUAUUAGCGCAGCACUGUUUGAACUCACAGUGAUCACUCUUAUAAUGUAUCAUUCAAUACGACUACGCUCUGAUGGCAUACGCUCCAUUGGUAGAGUGACGUCAACCUUGUUGAAGGGAAGUUUGCUAUAUCAGUCCGCCAUGACCAAUCAGCCAGUCCGGGUUGUUAUGGACCCUAAUGAAAAAUACAUCGUCAAUAGUGCCUUGGAUGGAAAGAUAUAUGUAUGGGGCCUAAAUGCAGCACUCAAAACUACUGACAAUGAUCAUAGUGCGGAUGAGGGCAGUAUAAAAUUUGAUUGUAAAGCUGAAGGCAAGUCGUCUGCGCUUCCCUUUGGCGUUGUAUCUCACUUCUCCAGAGACGAAUUCCAUUUGCCUUGGGACACGUACAGGUAA